AUGUACAAAGCAUUUAUGUUUGGAACACCAAGCAUCAUUGUUACAAAACCACAAGUAUGCAAGAAAAUCUUGAUGGAUGAUGACAACUUUGAAUUGGGAUGGCCUAAAUCAGUGUUAAAUCUCAUUGGAAAAAAAGCUCUCCAUGGAAUUACAAGCCAAGAACACAAGCGUCUUCGUCGAAUAACAACAUCUCCUAUAAAAGGCAAACAUGCAUUGUCAUUGUACCUUGGUCUAAUUGAAGAAGUUGUGAAGAGUUCAUUUGAAAAAUGGAAUGCCAAUGAAGAAAAACCAAUUGAGUUUCUUAGUGAAAUGAAGAAAUCUACAUUUGAAGUUAUAAUAAGAAUCAUGAUUGGUAGUGAGAUUGAUCCUCAAUGGUUAGAUAUGGUUGAAAAGGUGUAUACUAUUUAUUUGAAAGGUUUUUUGGCUUUGCCUAUCAAUCUCCCUGGAUUUGCUUAUCAUAGGGCAUUCAAGGCUAGGGAAAACCUGGUGAAGAUAUUUCAAUCAGUAAUAGAUGAAAGGAAGGUGAUGAAUAUGAAGGAUGAAUCAAGAUCAAAGGGCAGUAUGGUUGAUUUGAUUAUGGCCAUUGAAGACGACGAAGGAAGGAGAUUAAACGAUGAGGAGAUCAUCGACUUGUUAAUCGUUUACGUGUUUGCAGGUCAUGAAACUACUGCUCAUACUGCAGCAUGGGCAAUUAUGUUCUUAGAACAACAUCCUGAGUUCUUACAAAAAGCAAAGGAGGAACAAGAGGAAAUUGUUAAGAGAAGGCUGCCUGAUUCGGAUAAAAAACUUAGCUACGAUGAGAUUAGACAGAUGAAAUAUCUAACCAAGGUAAUCGAUGAAACUCUACGUUGCUCUAAUGUCACCUUAGCUAUUUAUAGAAACGCGAAAAGGACAAUCAACAUGAAUGGGUACACAAUACCAAAAGGAUGGAAGGUAUUGACUUGGAUAAGGCAAGUUAAUUUGGAUCCUAACAAUCAUGUGAACCCCAAAGAAUUUAAUCCUUCAAGAUGGGAUGAUGAUGAGGCCAAGACAUUUAGCGCGUUUCUUCCCUUUGGAGCAGGACCUCGGUUGUGCCCCGGAGCAGAGUUGGCUAGGCUUGAAGUUUCAGUGUUUCUUCACUACUUUCUUCUCAACUAUAGGCUCGAGCGUCUUAAUCCGAAAACAAGUGUGACAUAUCUACCAAUUCCUAGUCCUACUGAUAAUUGUCUUGCAAGACUCAAAAGGAUCUCAACAUCAUGUCAAUAA